GCUAAGAGGCCUAAUAUAAUGCGUAGAAGUAGGAUAAAGCUGGGACAUGUCAUAGAUUUGUUUGAGAAGCUAACGUGAUGAAUAUCACCAUAUUGGAUGGAGAACCUAUUACUUUGAGCACGCAAAUAGUGAUUUUACAAUCUACAAUAUCUUACUUGAAAUUUGAAUGCGUGCCUUCAUCAAAAUUUGAACGAAAAUCUUGGAAGUAAGUCCCUUUUGGAUAUGUGACUGGCCAAUUUCACUGACAAAUUGCCACACGAUCCACUGCCCAUACAUUGAAACCUGCCAUUCUCUUUGAGUGAUAUUAUUUUUGCUUGUAUUCUGGAAAGAUAUAUUGCAAUUAAUGACUGCAUGCCAUCAUUCUCCAGUGAGAAUAAUCUUUCACUUUAUUAUGUUUCAACUUAACAUUCAUUCUUUGGUGCAAGUAUGAAAAGAGCUAUUUUCUCCUAUGAUAUUCUCUGGCUUCAAAUAAAGAUCACAAUGAUGUAAUUAAUUUGCAUUUCAAUGAUUUACUUUGACAUGUUAUAUUGUUCACCUGGUGGCCAAACUUCCUCUCAAUCAGAUCCCUAUGAGUAAUGUUUAUUAGCUGAUUUGCGAUUUCAAAAUGUCUCAAUAAGGUUUUCUGCACAUUGAUAAGUAUCCUGCAGAUGCUAAUCAAGGAUUUGACAUCCCAUCAGCUGUAAUAAGCUUUCCCAACUUCCUUGCAAGCAUGAUUUUCCCCAGGGAUGAUUCUUUGAGAAAGGAAUCAUGUAUUGUCUUACACAGAAGUAUUACUUAUACCCUUGACAACGCCUGAUUUUAGCAUGCCUUAGCUUUGAAUGUAAUAAUUACAUGCAUGGUGUUUGCAUUAUAUUUUGGAUCAUUGGUUAACGUACUGCAAAGGUGUGUUGCUGAGGAGGAAAGACUUCUUAAAAGCAAAGCUGCCAAGAAAACUAGCCAGCUUCUUCUGCUUCUAUCUAAAUUGCCUGCGUAAACCAUGGGAACCACCCAGUUCUCCCCUAGGUUCAUCAUCUUACAUUAGUUGAAAAUUAGUACUCGGAAUCAUAUUAGUGUGGCCGGAAUUGCUGUAGUUUGGCAGUACUAUUUUUCAUGAGUUCUUAUUGGAUGAGAGAUUUAGAAAUUUAAGAGAUUCUAUUUUUUAGUUGGCGGAGUGUCUUUAAACUAUCUUGUUUGUAUCUCGAGACUAAGUUUUCUUUGAUUCGGUAAAAGGUAAAUUAUCCAUUAAGACUAGAGAAUUCAUAAAAAGUUAACUCUUUC